AUGGCUAGUAAUCUAGGUCUCAAUCAUGGCGAUCACCAGCACGACUCAAUCACCUCUGUCACCGAGUGUAUCUUAGGGCUGAAGGAGAAAAUUGACGAGAAAGAGCUCCCCGGCUUCAGCGGACUCAUCGACGACUGGUUUAACCCCGAUGUCCCCGUCGACUCGGAGCAAUUUAUCCGGCGAUUCUUGCACGUCUUCAAGCAGACCGACCAAGACUUCACCUACGAGAAGAUCGUGGGAGACUACGACGACGAUGUUCAGAGAAUCUUCAAUGAUUUCGUAGACGGCAGAAUCGAUGCCACCGAAGCAGGUCGGCGAUACGGUCAAGCCACGGCCGACAGAGUCCCAAAGCGAGGAGACAUACGCAGAGGAGGUCUCGCCUCCGCCAUCUCAGGGGAUCCAAAUAUCCUUGCGGAACCUAUCAAUCUGUUAUUGGCAGCUCCGACGAGCAUUCCGUCCCGGAUACGGGCCCUCUUUGCAAAGGUCUUCCCGAAGCUGAAAGACCCUAAGCGUGCUCUGUACAUUCCAACGUACAAAGACCUGGAAUUCACCAAUCAUGGUCGCACCGUUGAGAAUACCCCGGCUCUGACUUGUGUGCCCAACACUGCUCAAGACAUUUGCGACAUCGUCAAGUUUGCGAAGAAGCAGAACAUGGGUGUUAGAGUCUCAGGCUUCCGGCAUUCAUGGUCACCGGUCUUUGGGCGUUCUGACAAGAAGCACCGUCAGACCAACGGCGACAUUCUUAUCUCGACGCUUGGACUCAUCGAUGCUUCUGUAUUGCCCAACUUCACAUCUCUCCCGACAGACAUCUUCCAGCCUCGAGCGAAGGACUUGAAUUCAAUAGUUGUCGUCGACCACAACUAUGUCCGAGGGCCGCCGCUCCGAGAUGGCAAGAAGUACGUGAGGGUGGGCACCUCAACGACCAACGAACAACUGCGCAGGUGGUGUAUCAAGACUGGCAAAGUCACAAUGCCGAUGAACAUUGUCGAGGUUGAGAUCACCAUGGGUGGCAGCAAUGCAACGAUCUGCCACGGUGGUGGAAUCAGAAAUCCCACCAUAUCUGACCUGGUCCGGGCCAUCGAAUACGUAGACGCAAACGGCACGCUUCGCAAGAUCGAUCUCUCGAGCCCAGACAUCCUUCGAGCAGCUGCAGGCUGUUUCGGCCUCAUCGGCGUGGUUACACAUCUCGUCCUGGAACUCGACCCAAUGUCAUGCGCACUGAUGGAGCCGCGCAAGAUUCCCGUCAUUGAAGCCAUCCCACCGCCACCAGAUAUGCCCGACUCGAUGAUCCCUGCCCCGCUACGACCUAAGCAGCCGCUCAGUCCGGAACGCAAAGCCGAGAUUCAACGAGACUUCGAGACCCGCGCAACCACGACAGACUACGCGGAAUGGUUUUGGUUCCCAUACUCGAGCGAAGUCUGGGUGAACACAUGGCACAAGACGCUAGACACGUCCAACGCAGUAGACUAUCCCAGCGACGCCAAGACCAUUCUCCAAGUCCUCGGGACGUUCGCCACCCAGAUCGCCCAGGACGCCUCAAUCAUCUUGAAGAUAACGCAGGCUCUCCCAGAGACGCAGACCAAGCUGCUCACCUGGCUGGCCAUGAAGAACCUAGACGACAUCGGCCCUAACGGCAAGAAAAUCAAGACCUGGGUCCCCGACGCGCUGCACUUUCAACGAGGUGUGCAGAACCUGCGCGUCCGAGACCUAGAGGUCGAGUUUCCACUUCAACCCAAGCUCAAGUCUACCUUGCCUCCAGCCGUCAAUGCGAACGGACACGUCAAUGGCGCUGUCUCGUCCCCUGCUCCCACUCAAACCUCGGACGUCGACCUCCUCCUCGUCCAGCGGGGCUGGUGGGACGCCAUCCUCGCCGCUUACGCCGCCAUCAAGACCUGCCCGCAACGCAUGCCGCUGGAGAUGCGCAUCAUGGCGGGCUCGAACGUCACCCUCGCCCCUCAGCGCGGUCACAAGCUUGGCACCUGCGCGAUCGAAAUCCUCACCCUCCACAACGUGGCGGACAUCUGGCCCGCCUACGCGCAGGGCGUGCUCGACAAGUGGACCGGAUAUAAAGACUCCGAGGGCGCACCAGUGCCCGUCCGCCCUCACUGGGCGAAAGAAUGGUACGGCUACACGGUCAGGGGGCGUCCCUGGGAGGAAGUCCUCCGCGACGAGGAGAGUGCCAACGGUGGUUUCAAAAACGAGAUUGCCGAGUGGCGGGACCUGGUCGGCAGAUUGGCCCGGCGAGACGGCUGGACGACACACGAUGCCAGACGGCGUUUCGGCAACGACGUCCUCGACUGGCUGUUCUGGGGUCAGGACGGCCCUGCAAGGUUGAGCGGCAGCACCAUCGCCAGUGUGGAUGACGCAGCGAAGUUGCAAAAACAGAGCCCGGCGAGGAAGUUGUUGAAGAGCUGCUUUGGCAAAUAG